UAAAAGUGUAACCUUUCACCGCGACAACUUUCCGUUUCCGUUUUCCACGUUUCACCGCGGUGGUCUGUGGGGCGCCGCCACACUGCGCAUUUGAAAAACGGAGCAAGUCAGAGGAUCAGCGUUUUUCUCAAAGAGAACAUUUUAACAUAGAAAGUUGCAUUCGGCUAGCUCCAGCGCGCUACAUAGCAACAGGAAAUUGCGUUGGCGCUAACGGAAAAAAAACCCCACGCUGCGAGGGAAAGCUCCAAACAUGCGGGGAACUCACUGAGGCGGCCACGACCCAGGCGACCCGGCCUCCGGAGCAAAGACGGAAAUAAAGGCGCAUAACUCUGUCGGUUGGCUACACUCUCUUCGGUUGAGACAUCUCGGGAGUCCAGCAAUUAUGUCUGGCAUUGCAUUGAGCCGGCUUGCCCAGGAGCGCAAGGCAUGGCGGAAAGACCAUCCUUUUGGCUUUGUCGCUGUGCCAACAAAAAACCCUGAUGGAACCAUGAACCUGAUGAAUUGGGAAUGCGCCAUUCCUGGCAAGAAGGGGACGCCCUGGGAAGGAGGCCUGUUCAAGCUUCGUAUGUUGUUCAAGGAUGACUACCCUUCUUCACCCCCAAAAUGUAAAUUUGAGCCUCCUCUCUUCCAUCCGAACGUUUAUCCGUCAGGCACAGUCUGCCUAUCUAUUCUAGAGGAGGACAAGGACUGGAGACCCGCCAUCACAAUAAAGCAGAUCUUAUUAGGCAUCCAGGAACUUCUAAAUGAGCCAAAUAUCCAGGAUCCAGCCCAAGCAGAGGCAUACACGAUUUACUGCCAAAACAGAGUAGAAUAUGAAAAAAGAGUUCGAGCACAGGCCAAAAAGUUCUCCCCCUCGUAAGCACCAAGACGCUACGCCCCCUCCCCCCCCCCUCUACAGCAGAAGGAAUGGGUCAAAAAGGAUCACCUCCCCACUCAGUCUCUUAAUGAAUGUGCUCCUCUCACAUUGGGACUCGCUUACGGACUUAUAUUUAAAACUCCACACAUUCUGUACCAUCUGCUCUCCUCUAACCAACCGCUGUUUUUGUUUUUCACCUCUUUGUUUUUGUGUUCUUGAUUGCCGGUUGGUGGGGUUACACCGAGAGGGGAUGACCCCGGUCACUUCUUUUUUUUCCUCUUAGCCGUUAAAUAACUCGUUUUACAGGACACAGCUCAGUACCAGACCUACCAAUUCCAUACAAGCUGAGUAUCAUCAAAGUUCGAGGAAAAAAAAUGGGUUUUUUUUCCCCCUUGCUCUCACAAGGUUUAUAAUCUGUUAAGUACCUCCCCACCCCUGCCCUGUUUUUUUUCCUUAAUGUAAAAACUUGCUUCAUUUGUCAGUAUUUCAACUGCUGUAUAAUGAAUCACUUUUAUACUGUUGUAUCUCACUAGUGUCUCUAGGUGGCUCUGUUUAAUUCUCUGCAGGUUUUUUAUUCCGCAUGCUGUAUUAUAUUAGAAUCUGCUGCCUUGGCUGUCUUUGUUUUUUGUUUUAUUUUGUUUUUUUGGCUUUUUUGGGGGGGUGGGGAGGUUUUUUUUUAUUAUUAUUAUUAAAGUGUUUUGGGGGAAAAAGAAUGGCCACAUUGACUGAGGCGUACUUGUAUCAGACCUUUUGUUUAUAUGGUGCUUCUUCUGUUCAUGUAUGUGAUGGAGUGAAUUAAAACUGUUUCUACAAAACCUCACUCCUGGUUUAUUCUAUAAUGAAUACCUGAUCAAAUAUUUUAACGUUCAAAUGCAAAUGACUGGCUGGAUACAUGUAUUUCUUAAAACUUUGUAAUUUUGACUUUUUUUUUUUUACCAAUUUAUUUGGAGAAAUUUGUGCAUACGUGCUGUUGUUUCAGCUUACAUUCAAAUGAAAUUGUAACUGGCUGCACAAUGGGGAAAAGCUUACAUGCACAGUACAUUAUAAUAGGGUUUAACCUAAUGGCUCUCAGCAGAAAUCUAGGUGUCUUAAUUGCACAAUAUGGUGCAUAUGUUUUUUCCCCAUUUCAUCUCAUCUCAGAGAUGUCUCGGAGAUUUUUUUUUUUUUUUUUACUCCAUGUGAUAGGUCAUCUGACAAAGCCCUAUAAAAAUGUAUACCCGAGUAAAGUCAAGUCAGUUUUAUUUGUAUAGCCCAACAUCACAAAUUACAGUACAGAGAAAUGGUUCCCUAAUCUAACAGGGAAAGAAGCAGAGUAUAGCUAAUAAAAGUGUGUGUGUGUAUAUGUGUAUAUAUAUAUAUAUAUAUAUAUAUAUGUAUGUAUGCGCGCCAUGUGUUAGUUUGGGAAUGGUUUAAAAUAUCAUCUGUAUUCUGAAUAAGCCAGAGAGGUUUUUGACUGAACCAUGAAGUUUGAGUUGUUCUGAAUUUUCCUUUCCCUUCUGUGUAAUGGAAUUAAAAAAAAAAAAAAAAAACUUGCUGAGGCUAUUCUUGAGGGUAUUUGAACUCCAUAUAACUGUUGGCAAAGGAUUCGUGGAUGCUCAGUAAACACCUUAUCUGUGGCAUCACUGCACUUCAAUUUGACAUCCUAAAUUAAAAACUGAAGGACUCUUACCCAAUUAAUUCAAGACCUUUCUUGCCAAGUAUCUGAAAAAAGGCACAGUACUGAACCGUAUGGGGCUAUUAACCUUAUUGUUGUUGGGAUAGAACUGAGAUUUAAGCAUUAUUUUCAUUUC